AUGGAAGAUUCAUUCUACUUCUCCCUACUACGAAUAUCAAUAGCUCAAAUACUAAAGACACAAGGAUUCGACAAAUGUAAACCGUCAACAUUAAACACACUCACAUCAUUAUAUAUCAUCUACUUGACCAAACUAACAUCAGAAUCGAUAGACUGUAGUUUAACAAGAACAAGAACUAAUUCACCGGACGUACAAGAUGUAAUGCAAGCAAUGAUUGAUAUGGGGUUGAUAAAAGCUACUCAGAGUAACAAGAUACAUGAUUCGUUCUUUAAUGAACUGGAGUAUAAUACUAAAUCAAUCAAUCUGUUUCGGAAUUGGGUAAUGAGUUAUUAUGGCGAUCAAAUUAGAGAUAUUUCCAAGAGGAAACAGAGAGAACUUGAGAAAACUGCUAUUGAUGAGGAAGAACUUAAGGUGGAUGAGAAUAAAGAUCAACAACACCCACAAGAUAUCUAUCAUCAAUUUAUUCUGCGUAAUGACCGAACAAACCCCAAACAGGAUAACGAUAAUAGUAAAGAAGGCGAAAAUGACGACACCCAAUUAUCCACUCAUAGUAACAAAUUGAAAUGGUUGAAUCACUUGUUAGAAAAAGAUUUAAAGCUAGGUCAUAAGUUGAAAUAUCUUUACGCUACUGAAUUCAUAGCUGAUGAGUUUGAAGAGUAUCUACAAGAUCAAGUACGUAGGUCAAACCCAGAAGAUGCUAAUGGAGGUGCAAAUGAUGAAAAUGAAUUGGAUUUAGAUUUACAAUUGAAAAUAAAGAGUGUUAAAAAUAGUGAUUGGAACGAUUAUAUUGUUAAGCCAAUAACUAAAGAAGUUAAACCAAAGGAUAAUAGCAUCAAUAAUGUCGUUGGAGGUGGUGGUGAAGACGGUAGUGUCGUUGAUGAGUUGAUUAAAAAAGAAGCGGAUUUGGAGAAAUAUCUACCUUAUAAUAUCAAGUACUCAGAGCAGUUGCUUACUGAUGAUAUUGAAGUAGGUGAUGAUAAUGAAAAUGCUGAUGUUGAAAUGGAGGAUAGUGAACCUGCCACUGCGCAACAGGCUGAAAUAUAG